UUAAAACUAGGUUUUAGUAGGAACAGGGCAAUGUUAGUUCACCUUAAUAAUAAUAUUCUGCAUUACGAGUGCUGGCUAUGUGUUUUGUAGUGUUACGUAGUACAUAUAUUAAUUACUCUAUAGUAGUGUUUGGGCGUGUAUAAAUAUAAUUUGCACACAAACACAGCUUGCCGUAAUUAUUUAAACAACAAGAUAAGUAGAUACACGUAUCAUUCUCUUUGCGAGUCUCUGAGACGAUAGCACAAUGUUUAAUAUUUUAGUAAUCGUGUUCGGGGUACUGUUCGUGGUGUAUUAUUUAACAACUCGAAAAUUUAAUUAUUGGAAAAAAAGAAAUGUGCCGCACCUGCCACCGGUCCCACUUUUUGGUAACUAUUCUUCUAUGAUUCUGCAAAGGAAGACUUUUGGAGAGGUGGUUUCUGAUAUAUGUGAAAAAUUUCCCAAAGCUCCGGUGGUUGGAGCAUAUUUUGGGACAGAACCUGUGCUUAUACCUCGGGACCCCGAAGUAAUCAAAACUAUUCUCACGAAGGAUUUUUAUUAUUUUAAUGGCAGAGAAGUCUCGGAAUAUGCACACAGGGAUGGUGAUUUAUUCACUUUGUUUGCCACCUACGGUGAUCAUUGGAAAGUUUUGCGGCAAAAUUUGACACCGCUAUUUUCUUCCGCCAAAAUGAAGAACAUGUUUAAAAUGAUUACCCAAAAUGCGUAUGCCUUCGAAAAAUUGUUAGAACAAGAUACAAAACAAGAAGUAUUGGAUGUAAAAAAUGUGAUGGAGAGAUUUACAAUUGAAUGUAUCGGUUCAUGCGUAUUUGGAGUUGCUACAAAUACGAUAGAAAAAGACGAAGCAAAUCCAUUCAAGAAAGCUGGAAAUGAUAUAUUAAAACCUAACAAGAUGUUGGCUUUCAAAGGUGUCAUGCGAGCAAUUUGGCCAUCCAUAUUUUAUGGGUUAAGAAUUCCUUUGUUUACAAAUGAACUAAAUCUUUUUAGACAAGUUCUUAUAGCUGUGUUUAAAGAGAGAGAAACUAAUCCAACAAAAACGCAAGAUUUUAUUAAUUUGAUUAUGAAAUGGAAGCAACAAAGUUAUAUUGAAGGGGAUAAACUACGUCCUGCACAUAGCGCUGAAAAUGGAAAAACGUCAGUAGAUGUUACUGAUGAAUUAGUUCGUGCCCAAUGUGUAGUAUUCUUUGCUGCUGGUUUCGAAACAUCCGCAGUGACAUUAACUCACACUUUGUAUGAAUUAUCUAAAAACGAACGGGUUAUGCAAAAAGCUUGUGAAGAAGUUGACGCCUUUAUGAAACGCUAUAACAAUCAUAUGACUUAUGAGAGCUUGUCAGAACUGCAGUACCUUGACGCGUGCCUUGAUGAAGCGCUGCGCAAAUACCCAGUGUUGGGCUGCAUAACUCGUGAAGUGAUGCAUGACUAUAUUUUGUCGCCGGGAAUUCACAUUGAGAAAGGAAUGCGGGUGCACAUACCGGUGCAAUACUUACAGAAUAACGCUAAUUUAUUCCCGGAACCGGAAGAAUAUCGCCCUGAAAGAUUUAUAGGAGAAGAAAAGCGCAAUAUCAUUCCAUACUCCUACAUGCCGUUUGGGGAAGGACCUAGAAUUUGUAUUGGUAUGAGAUUUGCCAAAAUGCAAAUGCUGGCUGGAUUGGUAACAGUUUUAAAGUCAUACAAAGUGACACUUGGUGAUAACGUGCCGAAGAAAUUAAGGUUUUUGCCAGAAUCGUUCGUAACGGUUUCAGCUGAUCGUAUUAAACUGAAGUUUACAAGACGCAAUGGAUGGGAGAAAGCAUUGUAUGCUCAGCAUUCAUAGAGAUCCUGCGCAAAAGAAAUUCGGCUUAAUAUACCAAUGACUGCAUUUAAUUAUUGGAACGAUGGCUUUGUAGAAACUAGAAAGAUAAUAUUAAAAUUAUAGGUUUAAUAAAUGAAACUGAAAAAUUUAAAAUAUUUUUUUAUAAGACAUUUUA